CUAAAAGCUCAAAGUUGCCAAGAGUAGUGGGAAACUGGAAGAUUUGGGAAAACUUUUAAAAACAACAAAGUACCAUGAAACAAGCAAUAAAGUCGGUGUGUCUGCUCUGCGAUGUGUGGGUUUUCUCUCGUCCUCCGCUUUCCUCCCACAGUCCAUCAGGCCGACCAGGGUUUUGAAGAGGGAAAAUAUGCUGGUAGGAAUUUCAAGCCAAUCUGCAAGUCAGGAUCUUGGACGCUCUUUCGCCUGCCCAGCGCCUGAAAACCAUGGGAGGAGGAAUACCCAUUCUGCCCCUGGGCACGAGUUGCAGACCUCAGUGUGACGAGGGCAGUCAGCGAUGCACUCCUGAGUGAGGGGCUUCCAGAGCACGAGCUGUAGCCGGUCACGCACGGCCCGGGGAGAGCUGCGGUCGCAGCGGGCGAGACAGCGGGCGCACGUUCUGCGUGCAGGCGAAGCUGUCCCAAAUGAACAGGUUCUGGAGGGAAGCCAUGUAAUUAUCCUGCAGUAGUCUGAAAGAGUAGGGAGGUAUUUCCCUGACACAAGUGCUGAUCUGAGUGCACCCUGAUGGCUGGAAGCAAAGGGGUUGCUGUGAACAUUUGCAUUUUAGCUGCGUGAGUGUGAAGGAGUUUAUUAAUUUCUCUUGCUGUUGAAAGCAAACCCUGCCUUCACACUAAUGAAACAGUUUCAGUGUUCGGACUGUGGGAAGAACUUUAAGCGAUCUAAUGCCCUGAUAACACACCAGUACAUUCACACCGGAGAGAGGCCGUUCAUCUGCUCAGUGUGUGGGAAAGGAUUCACCCACUCAUCUCACCUGGUCAACCACAAGCGGGUCCACACCGGGGAGCGGCCGUUCAUCUGCUCCAUGUGCGGGAGGGGAUUCACCCAGUCGUCCAACCUGCUGACCCACCAGCGGGUUCACACCGGGGAGAGGCCGUUCACCUGCUCCGAGUGCGGGAAGGGCUUCACUUACACGUCUCAGCUGCUGAAUCACCAGAGAGUGCACACUGUGGAGAGGCCGUUCACCUGCUCCGUGUGCGGGAAAGGGUUCAACCAGUCAUCCUCCCUGCUGAGGCACCAACGGGUCCACACUGGGGAGAGGCCGUUCACCUGCUCCGUGUGCGGGAAGGGCUUUGCUCACCCGGGCAAUCUACUGACCCACCAACGGGUCCACACUGGGGAGAGGCCGUUCACCUGCUCCGUGUGUGAGAAGGGAUUCACUCAGUCCUCCCACUUGCUGAGACACCAGCGGCUUCACACUGGGGAGAGGUUCUGACCCGUAAACAUGGGGGAGGUUUAAACAUUGCAGCCACUGAGACCCCGGGAAUUAGAAUUUGCAAUCGUUGCUGCUAACGUGUCCAGGAUUGACUUGAUGUGCAGUUUAUCUCUUAACGUUAAGAGUCAGAUUAACUAGUCUGUAGUUUAAUCUCCUUGAUCCAAGUCAAAUAAAUUGGUUCUGUUUGAA